UGUGCGCCUGCGCAGUUGCUAGGUCGCGCGGCUGCUGGAGGCUUGAGAUGAAGGUAAAUAACUUACAAAUCGCUAGGGGUUGGGAAGACGCGACCACUAGCCCUUCCCGCAGCCCACUGAGCAUCCUCUUGAGACAGUCUGCUCCUUAUUCCCUUCCCUGGAGCGAGUGAGAAGUGAGGAGAGAGCAGGAUGCCCUGGGAUGAGGAGGGUAUGGGCAAAAUUGAAGGAACGAGAGAAAAGGGGGGGCGGAAAUAACAGAAAAAGAGCCGAGGAGGAGGCCUGUCAUUUCUGGGACCGCAAACCGAGUAGAUGCGGAGCAGGAAGAGAAAACCCCUCCACGGCCGGAAUGAGGAGGCUGGAUCUGAAGACACCUUAACUUUACGGCAAAAGCGUAUUUUCACAUUGCUAGAAAAGACUUGGCUUGGCACACCAAUACAGUUUACCUGGCAAAAAACAUCAGCAAACUACCUUGCAGUAACAGGAGCUGAUCAUACUGUGAAAAUCUUUGAUCGCCAUGGUCAAAAAAGAAGUGAAAUUAACUUAUCUGGCAACUGUGUUGCCAUGGAUUGGGAUAAAGAUGGAGAUACCCUAGCAGUGAUUGCUGAGAAGUCUACUUGCAUUUAUCUAUGGGAUGCCAAUACACAUAAAAUGAGCCAGCUAGACAAUGGCAUGCGGGAUCGAAUGUCUUUCCUUCUUUGGUCAAAAGUUGGAAGUUUCCUGGCUGUUGGAACUGUUAAAGGAAAUUUGCUUAUUUAUAAUCAUCAGACAUCUCGAAAGAUUCCUGUCAUUGGAAAGCAUACUAAGAGAAUUACAUGUGGAUGUUGGAAUACAGACAACCUGCUUGCUUUAGGUGGUGAAGACAGAAUGGUUACAGUUAGUAAUCAGGAAGGUGACACGAUAAGACAGGUACAAGUGAGAGCAGAACCAAGUGACAUGCAGUUUUCCAUGAUGAAGACCGAUGACCAAACUUUUGCUGCUGAAAACACAAUAAGUGUGGUGAUUGGCAGAAAAACAUUGUUUCUUUUCAAUCUGAAUGAACCAGAUAAGCCAAACGAUUUGGAAUUUCAGCAGUGUUACGGCAAUAUCGUCUCCUAUAGUUGGUAUGGGGAUGGCUACAUCAUGAUUGGUUUUUCACGUGGAAUUUUUGUGGUCAUUUCUACUCACAAGCAAGAAAUUGGUCAAGAGCUAUUUCAGGCUCGUGGCCAUAAAGAUAAUCUAACCAGUAUUGCAGUAUCACAGACUCUUAAUAAAGCUGCUUCAUGUGGAGAUAACUGCAUUAAAAUCCAUGACUUGUCAGAAUUAAGGGACAUGUAUGCUAUAGUCAAUCUGGAUGAUGAAAACAAAGGGUUGGGCACCUUGUCCUGGACAGAUGACGGCCAGUUGCUGGCGUUGUCUACCGAGAGAGGCUCCCUGCAUGUCUUCCUGACCAAGCUGCCCAUCCUUGGGGACUCUUGCUGCACCAGGAUUGCAUACCUCACCUCCCUCCUGGAAGUCACUGUGGCCAACCUCAUGGAAGGAGAGCCACCGAUCACAAUUUCUGUUGAUGUGGAGCCCAUCUUUGUGGCAGUGGGUCUUUAUCAUCUGGCUGUAGGAAUGAAUAACCGGGCCUGGUUCUAUGUCCUUGGAGAGAAUGCUGUGAAAAAGUUAAAAGAUGUGGAGUAUCUGGGAACAGUAGCCAAUAUCUGUCUUCAUUCCAACUAUGCUGCCGCACUUUUUGAAGGCAAAGUCCAGUUACAUCUGAUAGAAAAUGAAAUUGUGGAUCCUCAGGAAGAACGUGAGACCCGACUCUUCCCGGCAGUGGAUGAAAAGUGCCGCAUUUUAUGUCACGCCUUGACCUGUGAGUUCCUCAUCUAUGGCACCGAUACUGGUGUCAUUCAGUAUUUCUACAUUGAAGACUGGCAGUUUGUUAAUGAUUAUCGACAUCCCGCCAGUGUGAAAAAGAUUUUUCCUGACUCAAAUGGGACCAGAUUAGUUUUCAUUGAUGAAAAAAGUGAUGGAUUUGUCUACUGUCCAGUUAAUGACGUGACCUAUGAGAUUCCAGAUUUUUCACCAACCAUUAAAGGCAUUCUCUGGGAAAACUGGCCACUGAAUAAAGGUGUGUUUGUUGCUUACGAUGAUGAUAAGGUGUACACUUACGUCUUUCACAAGGACACUAUACAAGGAUCCAAGGUGAUUUGGGCUGGUAGCACCAAACUUCCCUUCGCUCAUAAACCUUUGCUGUUAUACAACGGGGAGCUGACCUGCCAAACACAGAGUGGAAAAACAAAUAACAUCUACCUCAGCACCCACAGCUUUCUCCACAGUUCAAAGGACGUGGGGCCCGAGGAACUGCGGCAAAUGUUGGCGCAGACUCUAACGCUCAAAAGGUUCACUGAUGCCUGGGACAUCUGCAAGACUCUCAACAACCCCACCACCUGGCAGGAGUUGGGCCGGGCCUGUCUCCAUCACAUGAAAGUGGACUUUGCCAUCCGAGUGUACCGGGCAAUCAGAAAUGUUGGCAUGGUGAUGUCCUUGGAGAAAAUAAAGGGAAUAGAGGACUACCAUAUUUUAGCCGGAAAUCUGGCUAUGUUUACUAACGAUUUCAACCUAGCCCAGGACCUGUACCUCGCGUCCAGCUGCCCGGUGGCUGCCCUAGAGAUGAGGAGGGAUUUACAGCACUGGGACAGUGCUCUUCAACUGGCAAAACGCUUGGCCCCAGAACAAAUACCAUUUAUAUCAAAAGAGUAUGCGAUUCAGCUUGAAUUCAUGGGAGAUUAUGCAAAUGCUUUGGCCCAUUAUGAGAAAGGAAUAACAGGUGAUGAUAAGGAACAGGACGAGCUGAGCCUGGCUGGAGUGGCCCGGAUGUCCAUCCGGAUGGGCGACAUCCGCAGAGGGGUGAACCAAGCCCUCAAGCACCCCAGCAGGGUCCUGAAGCGAGACUGUGGAGCCAUACUGGAGAAUAUGAAGCAAUUUUCAGAAGCAGCCCAGCUGUAUGAAAAAGGCCUCUACUACGACAAAGCUGCAUCUGUGUACAUCCGCUGUAAGAACUGGGCAAAAGUUCGCGAGCUUCUGCCUCACAUCUCCUCUGCUAAGAUCCACUUGCAGUAUGCCAAAGCUAAGGACGCAGAUGGAAGAUACAAGGAAGCUGUGGUGGCUUAUGAGAAUGCCAAGCAGUGGAACAGUGUGAUCCGCCUCUACCUAGACCAUCUCAACAACCCAGAAAAGGCCGUCAGCAUCGUCAGAGAGACCCAGUCUCUGGAUGGGGCCAAGAUGGUAGCCAGGUUUUUCCUACAGCUUGGUGACUAUGGGUCCGCCAUCCAGUUUCUUGUCAUGUCCAAAUGUAACAAUGAAGCUUUCACCCUGGCUCAGCAACACAACAAAAUGGAAAUCUAUGCAGACAUCAUUGGUUCUGAAGACACAUCCAAUGAAGACUACCAAAGCAUCGCCUUAUACUUUGAAGGAGAAAAAAGACAUUUUCAGGCUGGAAAAUUCUUCUUGCUGUGUGGCCAAUAUUCACGAGCACUGAAGCACUUCCUGAAAUGCCCAAGCUCAGAAGACAAUAUGGCAAUAGAAAUGGCAAUUGAAACUGUUGGCCAGGCCAAAGAUGAGCUGCUGACCAGCCAGCUGAUAGACCACCUGCUGGGGGAGAACGACGGCAUGCCCAAGGAUGCCAAGUACCUGUUCCGCUUGUACAUGGCUCUGAAACAGUACCAAGAGGCUGCCCGGACUGCCAUCAUAAUUGCCAGAGAAGAGCAAUCUGCAGGAAACUAUCGGAAUGCACAUGACGUUCUCUUCAGCAUGUAUGCAGAGCUAAAAUCCCAGAAGAUCAAAAUCCCCUCUGAGAUGGCCACCAACCUCAUGAUUCUGCACAGUUACAUACUUGUGAAGAUCCACGUUAAAAAUGCUGAUCAUUUGAAAGGGGCACGCAUGCUCAUUCGAGUGGCCAACAACAUUAGCAAGUUUCCAUCCCACAUUGUGCCGAUCCUCACCUCUACUGUGAUCGAGUGCCACCGGGCGGGCCUGAAGAACUCUGCUUUCAGCUUUGCAGCCAUGCUUAUGCGGCCCGAGUACCGAAACAAGAUAGAUUCCAAAUACAAAAAGAAGAUCGAGGCCAUGGUCAGGAGACCCGAUACAACUGAGACAGAAGAGGCCAUGACCCCGUGUCCAUUCUGCCAGUUUCUUCUCCCAGAGUGUGAGCUCCUCUGUCCUGGGUGUAAAAACAAUAUACCCUACUGCAUUGUAACAGGCCGACAUAUGCUGAAGGAUGACUGGACAGUGUGCCCGCACUGUGACUUUCCUGCGCUGUACUCAGAGUUUAAGAUCUUGUUAAACACUGAAAGCACGUGUCCUAUGUGUUCAGAAAGAUUAAACUCUGCACAACUGAAAAAAAUUUUAGACUCCACCCACUACCUGCGAGCCGAGAUGGGACAUUGAGUAUUGCAGUCUGACAGCAGACCUCUGGUGGACCAUUCUGAAACACUAAAGUGAAAGCAGUACAGCCUCCAGGGUGACAAAGGUCAUUUGGCCAAGCAGCAUAAAUUCCACCCAGAACAUACUGUCAAGUCACAUGGAGUGCCUGGCUUGGUGGCACAUGCCUGCAAUACUUGCUCUCAAGAUGCUGAGACAGGAGGACUGUGAGUUCCAGGCCAGCCUGGGCUUCAUAGUGAGAAACUCACAAAGACAAAAAUGGUCACAUGGGCUUCUUUGUAAUUGGCCCAUUAAAACCAGAGCCAGCUAAUAAGAUUAUCUUAGAUUCUAUGCUUGGGAGUUGUUUGCCAUUUAACAAACUAUCACAAAUGUAGCAUCUUAGACAUACAUUAUCUCAAAGUUUCUGUGAGAGUCAUGGCUUAGCUGAGUCUUCUGCUCCAACUCACACAAGGCCAUGGGCACAGUGCUGACUAGACCUGCGAGCUUACCUGAGUGUGAAGUCCUCUUCUAGGUAUAGCUUGUUGGUGGAACUCUGUGUCCCGUGGCUGCGGGUUCCUGACCUGUGGCUCAUCCACAGCUUGAGCAGCUCUCUGAUGUCUAUUCUCCCUUCGGGGAGAGUCUGGAACCUUUAUGAAGGACGCAGUUAGGUCAGGCCCUCCUAUGAUGAGCUCCUUUUAAUUCCCAAUCAGCUGACUGUGGGCCUUAACUACACCUUGUAAAACCCUUCAUCUUGUCAGAUAAUACAGGCUAAUAUGAUGAUUAUGACAUCCUAGUCACAAGCCCUCCCCUCUUACAAGGAAAACACACAAGAUGUGGUGUGCACUGGUUGUGGGAAUCUUGGGGACCAUCUUAAAACUCUGCCUACCAGAGUUGUACUGAUUCCAUAGAGCAUUUUGAAGAGGACUGACAUCUUUAACAAAACUUACCUACCAGUCUACUCAUGUGUCUCUAAAUUUGAAUCUUUUUCAAUUCCUCCUGACAAUAUUCUGUAAUUUUCUACAUGAAAGUCUUUCAUGUUCAAUUUACGCACAGGUAAUUUGGGGAGAGUCUGGUACUAAAUGGAAUUUAAUUUUUUUCAUUUUUUGUUUGUAUGGCAAAGUGCAACUGACUUUACUGACCCUACAUCCCACAACCUUUGUAAAUUCACUUAUGUCUAGUAGUUAUAGUAGAGUCCUUUAGAUUUUCUAUGUAAAUAACCAUGUCUACAAAUACAGGAAAAUGUUCUUCCUAACUUUUACAACUUUUUUCUUCUGUGUAUCGCACUGGCUAGGCUCCCCAGUACAGCAUGGUAUAAAAGGAGUAAAGUCCGCAUCCUUGACUUGUUCAUUGUUGGGGGAAGAUGUUCAGGAUUUCACUCCUGUCAUGUUUAGCUGUAAGAUUUUUCAGAAAGCCCUUCUAUGUAAAAAGAAGCUUCCUUGGGGCCGGGGAUUUAGCUCAGUGGUUCUGCCGCCUGCCUCACAAGCGCAAGGUCCUGAGUUCGAUCUCCGGUACCAAAAAAAAAAAGCUUCCUUUUAUUCCUAGUUUGCUGAGUUGAAUUUUGUCAGAUAAACUUUCUGUACCAGUUGAGAGAAAUGUUUUUCCCCUUAUUUCAUUAACUUGGUAAGUUAUAUUUAUUUGGAGUAUUAAAAUCAAUUUUCAGGGGAUAAACAUACUUGAUCAUAACCCUUUUUUCAUGUACUGCUGGAUUAUUUUGCUAAUAUUAUACUGAAAAUACUAUCUAUAUUUGUGAAGGAUAUUGGUCUGUAAUUUUCGUUUGCUGUAAUCUGUCAAGUUUUGUUAUGAGGUUGAAUUUUGGAAUACAGUUUUGUUACUUGUUUUCGAUUUGCCCUAGCCACCCCUUGGUUUUUGUUCAUUUUUGUUUUGGUACUAGGGAUCAAACUCGGGGCCUUGCACAUGUGAGGCAGGUGCCAGAACCACUGAGCUAAAUCCCCAUAGCCUUCACAUAAUUUUUAGUAUUUUAUUUCUCUAUAGACUUGCCUUUCCAAAUUUUACUUGGUUAGUAAUUAUUUCAUAUGUAUACAUACAUGCACACACACACUAUAAACCCUACAUUACAGUGAUAUUUUUCUCUUUGUGUGUUAGGGUCAGGGAGGUACAGGGGACUCAACCCAGGGCCUUGCUUAUAUGAGGCAAGCAGUCUACCACUGAGCUAUAUCCCCAGCUCUUUUUAAAAUCUUUGAGACAGAGACUCACUAAGUUGCCUGAG